AUGGGUCCUCCUCACUCAGGUGCUCAUCGAUUUCGGGCUCUGGACCUGCUCGAACGCUUCCUGGACCUGGGUCCCUGGGCCGUCAGUCUGGCCCUCUCGGUGGGGAUCUUCCCCUACGUUCUGAAGCUGCUCCAGAGCUCGGCCAGAGAGCUGCGGCCUCUGCUGGUCUUCAUCUGGGCUAAAAUCCUCGCCGUGGACAGUUCGUGCCAAGCUGACCUGGUGAAGGACAACGGACACAAGUACUUCCUGUCGGUGUUGGCCGACAGUUAUAUGCCGGCUGAGCAUCGCACCAUGGCUGUCUUCAUAUUGGCUGUUAUCGUCAACAGCUACACCACGGGACAGGCCCGAUGUUCUAACACUGUGCAUGCAGUAGGCGUUGGACUGGAAGUACCGGAGACCAUAAGCAAGUUUUGACAACUUCUGUCAUAUAGUGAUCAUCUUCUCAAUAAAACAUCUUUGCUGAUGUUUUUUCGAGUC